AUGAUAUACUACUUUUUCUGUGUGGGCCUCAAAGACCCCUUCAAGACGGAAUUGAAGUCUUGGACCACAGUGACUUUUCCCAGGGAAUUCCCUCUGUGCCGAGAUGUCAGGAGUCCUUGCUUCACCACAGCAAGACAAAACUAUGAUGGGCUGGAAAGGAAGCUAAAGGAAGUCUUCAGUGAACGAAGCAGCAUCUUGCACCAGCUUUCCAAGACAUCAAAGGAGCUGGACAGCAUAAAAGGCAACCUUCAGUCACUGAAAAAUGAUGACUCAGUGGCCAAGAAGGACGUGCAGAGGAUCCUGGAGCUCAGCCACAAACAGAGAGAGGAGAUGAAGUCCCUCCAGGCCGCCUUGCAGAAGCAGCUGGAUGAGGCAAAUGAGAGAGCAGAGAAGCAGCAGGCCACGAUCAAAUUUCUUAAAGUGGAGAUGGAGAAAAAAACCAAAAUCAUCAAGGAUCUACAGCAAGAGAACAAGAGCCUGAAAAAUAAACUCCUCUCGGGAAACAAACUCUGUGACGCCUAUGCUGAAGAGUCCAAAAAAAUCCAGGCUCAACUGAAAGAACUACGGUACGGGAAAAAGGAUUUAAUUUUUAAGGGGCAGCAGCUAAUGGACUUGGAGCACAAGUUAACCAUAGCCAAGGAGGAACUGGAGAAGACUGCACUGGAUAAGGAGUCCCAGCUGAAGGCUCUGAAGGACACAGUUCACAUCUGCUUCUCAGCUGUCCUGCACAACCAGCCCAGCAGCAGUCACAGAUUUCCCACCUCCCCCACCCACUUGUUCAGAUACUCAUCACUCAUCAACAGCUCCAGAGUCACCUUUCAGCAGCCACAUGCCAAGGAUAUCUCUAGAGUUCAGAGAAUUGUCACAGCCAGUAAAUCACCCAUGAAUAUCGGAGUAAUGAGGAGAGAGAGCGGCACAGUUAAAGAGUGCCAGAUGGAAAAGACUGGGGGCGACUGCUUCCAGAAUCAGACGGAGUCGGCGGCUCCGGAAAGUAAAAAGCUACCAGACCCGCAGCAGCAAAGGAGCCAAGCGCAGACUGGAAAAUUCAGCACAAAGCUCUCAGACGGCAGCGAGGAGGCAGAGGGAGGCAGCAGCAAAAAGACAAAGCCACAGAAAUACAACUGAGCGGACGGCACACCAUCCAAAAUGCAGAGCUCCUGCAUUGCCUGAGGGAUCUUUCGAAAGAGCACACU